UUUUUGUUACACCGAUAUCGUGUAGCGCUUCCUGUUUGGUACCCCAGGAGUUAUUCGAUUGUUUUGGUCAUGUUUCAACAUGCUUUGCGUAGAUUGACGACUGAAACGCGCAGUAUUCAACGAUAUGUAAGAUAUGCGCCUUCCUUCCAUUCUGUACCAUUUGCAUUUGUGUCAACCAGAAACUUUACAAAUGUGAAGGACGACGGGGAGCAGCCGUUUGACACUUCGCUCCUCGACUUCCUUGUAUGCCCGCUGUCUAAGAAGCCCUUGAGGUAUGAGGUGACGACCAAUGAGCUAAUCAACGAGGAGCUUGGCAUUGCCUACCCCAUCAUUGAUGGCAUUCCCAAUAUGAUACCCCAGGAUGCUCGACUCUUACAGAAGGACACCGACAUGCCCGCGGACCCCACUCAGGGAUAGAAACACAGGACCUCACGCACAUCACCUAUAGUUAAUCUUUACUGAUACAAUUGGGAUACUUUUAUUUUGUUUAAAUAACAGUUAUACUUAUUGCUAUAUUGUCAUUUGUGGAUGUAUGCUCCUUGAAGACUAUACAUUUGCCUGUACAAUUGUGUUAGUACAACCAUAGUAGACACUAGACACUUUCAACUUGUAUCUGCUAACAUGUUUUCCCUCGCCAACCUGGUGGUGCUGAUCCCUAUUGUUUCACUGUGUGGUUUGUUAUUUUCCGCUGCGGUGGAUGAUAACUUCCCCCAGGGCUGUACUAGCAGCAGCAGCCUGUGCUUCUAUAGCCUGCUGCUGCCAGUCACCAUUCCCGUCUUCGUCUUCUUCCACCUCUGGAGCUGGAUGGGAAUUAAGCUCUUCAGACACAACUAGUGUCUUUGUUUGUUCUCAAAUGAAUGUGUGUUGUAAAGAGGAUAUGGUGGAAACUUGUUUAUGGUAACUAAAUCUGGUGUAAAUAAAAACACACACAAAUGUAUACUAAUGUUGUAUAUUAGUGUGACAGUUGAUUCACUAUGUGAUGGCAGUUCAAAUAAAUUGAAAACCUGUUCACUUUG